AUGCCCAAGAGGAAAGUUAGCGAAGAUGGAGCUGCGAAGGUGGAGCCCAAGCACUGCUCAGCGAGGCCAUCGGACAAGCCCGCCCCUGCCAAGGUGGAUGCAAAGCCGAAAAAGGCGGCGGGAAAGGAUAAAGCAUCAGACAAAAUAAAAGUGCAGAUAAAAGGGAAGAGGGGAGCAAAGGGCAAACAGGCUGAAGUGGCUGACCAGCAAACUACAGAUCUGCCUGCAGAAAAUGGAGAGACGGUAAACCAGAGUCCAGCCUCUGAAGAAGAGAAAGAAGCGAAGUCCGACUAA